CGCGGCGGGCGGUUUAUAACGCUGUGUGCCGCGCCCGCCCGUACCGCCCUCUCCCCCCCGGGCCAUGCCGCCGGUGCGCUACCGGAAAGUGCUCAUCCUCGGGUACCGCGCCGUAGGCAAAACCUCCUUGGCGCACCAGUUCGUGGAGGGGAAGUUCGUGGAGUGCUACGAGCCCACGGUGGAGAGCACCUACAACAAGAUGGUGGUGGUGGGCAAGGACGAGUUCCAGCUCCAGCUGGUGGACACAGCCGGGCAGGACGAGUACAGCAUCCUGCCCCACUCCUUCGUCAUCGGCAUCCACGGCUACGUCCUGGUGUACUCGGUGACAUCCCUGCGGAGCUUCCAGGUGGUGAAGACCCUUCACAACAAGCUGUACGAGAGCCGAGGCAAGACGCGCAUGCCCGUGGUGCUGGUGGGGAACAAGGCUGACCUGUCCCUGCAGAGCCGGGAGGUGAAGACAGACGAAGGCAAGAAGCUGGCAGAGUCCUGGGGGGCCAUUUUCCUCGAGUCCUCUGCCAAGGAGAGCCAGGUGACCCAAGGGAUCUUCACCAAGAUCAUCGAAGAGAUCGACCGCGUGGACAACUCCUACGGCAGAUCAAGCGGCUGCCGCCUGAUGUGACCUCCGUGAUUGGGGUCCCGUGGGAACUUUCUCCUCCCUCCCCACACUUCUAACCCCCCCCCCCCCCCCCCCCGCCCCGGAUCACAGCGUUGACUUCGGGGCGUGACUUGGUGGUGAGGGUUGGUUCCCGGAUCCACACCGGUCCUGCCGUCGCGCAGGACCCCUUCACUUUGCACAGUCUGUGGGACUCACAAAGAGCUGGGA